GUUGUACCUGGUGCCGUGCAAGCUGAGACUCGGGGUGCUGCCGACACAGGAACUGCUGCACAAGUACGACUUGGACGUGUUCUUCGAUGUUGUUCGUGCCAUCAAAGAGGGCAACGUGCAGCUCUUCACUCAGCGGAUGCAAGAGCUUAGCGCGGAUCUCAUCAAGAUGGGCACAUACUUGCUCAUGAUGCGGCUGAAGUUUAUGGUCCUCCGCAACCUCACGAAAGGAAUCUUCUUGGAAGUUCGCGGGAGGCGCGGGUCGGGCUGCAAUGCCUUCUCACAGGUUGAGUUUGUCUUGUGA